CUUUAGACUGCGCCCUCUCUCGAUUAAAACUGUUUAACUUGUUCGGCAGCACGCUCGCUCGCGGGAACUUAGUAAAUUAGAAGAAUUGUAAAAAUCGUAGAUUUUAACCAAAUGUACUCGCUGAUGACUGUACAAGAUGGAUAACUGCAUCAUCGAUCCUCACAGUAUUGCUGCUCCAAUAGGAAUAGUCUCAUCAGAGUUGACUUCCUUCUCAAAUAAGACAGGAGGUGUCAAUAUAUUUGGAGGUUUCAGUAAAGAUGGUAAAAGGGGAUGGGUGGCCACUGACAGCUUCUUGGACGUGAUCUGCACCAGGUCUGGCAACCGACUGGCUUCUUUCAACUUCAGCCAGGUGGCGGGGUCCUCGGCAACGAUCACCUGCGUCAGAGACUACCCCUAUCAUAGAUCGUACCAGCUCCUGGUCGGGCUUCAGACCGCAUCCAAGAAGGGUAUGGUGUGUCGUUUCAGGCCACACUCAUCAAAACUCCUCACCGUCGUCAACUUUCCACAUGUGGUGACCGCUAUUGACUGUGUGACAUCUGUUGGUGGCGUAGAAUCCCCAAACUUUGCCCUCAGUGAUGAACUCCGACGUUUCUUUGGCAUCAUUGCCGUGGGAACCAAGGGUGGACAUGUGUACAUGCUGGACAUGAAGCUGGAUGAAGACGUUGAAUUCUGGGAUAUGACGCAAGGACGCCCGGCUCAGAUCAUAGCCCCAGGAAUCCCGGACAUUGAUCAGAGACGCCUGAAGGCUGCUGCGAAGGGAGAACAUCUUUGCCUUGAUCUAAAUAAUGCAAGUCCUGCAAGUUUAACUGGCGAUGCCUUCAGCUAUUACUCCUUCAAUUACUGCAAACCCGAUGGUAAAAUCUUCAAGACAUUCCCCAUCAGUGAUGUCUCGGUGACCUCACUGACCUACAUCCCUCAAAUCGGCUCACUCGCCGUCGGGUUCAACUUUGGAUCUUUCCAGCUAUGGAGAUUGGCCGACACUUCUCUAGAGUAUAGCGGUCCUUUGAGCCGUCACCCUUCACCUGUCACUCACUUCGCCUACCAGGAACCGGAGGAUGAUCCUCAGAACUUCUGCUACCUCUGGGUCGCAAGGGGUCCUGUGAUCUCAGAUUCAAAGGAUGACCAGGAGACUCUAACAGACAUUCAUCUAUUCCAGCUCGCCUAUGAGAAGAAAAUACAACACCCCAAACACGGACAUAUGUUCAAGGAUCUUGUUGACUGCAUCGGUAGGUUUGAGCACUACUUGACCGCUAACCCCCUGGACAGCAAUGACGUGGUCUCUCUGGGCAGUCGUCUACUUGCCUGCUAUACCCUGGACAGGGCGUUGCCUACAGGAUAUAAGAUACAUGAUGACUCCACCGCAGAGGAAGAGGUGAACCCAAAGGAUCUGAGUCUAGCAGUAUUUGUCUGGGAAGGUUGCCCUGCCAAUAUGGAAACUCAAGAAACCACAAACCAUUUCAUUGCCCUCUUUGAUCUUGACCGUUAUUACCAGGCUCAGAUGCCCUCAUUCAUCAAGUGUGAUGAGCUCACCGAGCCCCCUCCUUACUUCUCCUUCUACAACCUGGAAGCAGUGAUAGAUGCAGCAUCUCCAGAUUUUGCUCUGAAUGUUCACCUGGAUAAGAGCAGUUUAACCAAGUAUCAAUCAACUUGCCAGUCGGUACCUGAACCACACCUUCACCCCUCAUCCCUUAGCUUCAAUGUGGUCUGCCUCGCUGAAGGGAGCCUCGUCCACGCAGGCUUCCUGGGAAUACAAAGAAAGAUUUUGGCUGAUAUGUGUAACCAGGGCCCCACCCUCCUCCGGGAGCCACGCCCAUUUUACCUGCGAUGCUGGAAUGCCCACCUCAUCCCCAGGCGAAGCUUUGCUGAACAGAUACCUAGCGGUAUUAAUCAGGUACAACAAAGAGAAGAUCUUCUCACCCUGGCCCUGGAACACAAUCAGCUAGGAUUCCUGGUUGCCUGUAUAUCAAGUUGGAGUCAAGGAGAUUUUACAUCUGGAAUGAACCUCCGUUCGAUUUUGGAAUGGUCGUGGGGUAAAGUGGCGAGCAUCAAACAGACUGUGGAUGAAAUAUGUGUGCCGCUGUAUGAUGGCUAUGGGACGACGUUAGACUCCCAUUCUUACAAACUACUCAAGACCUGUUCUACUCAGCUGUGUCACAUGAUAGAUCUCUUCCAAGCUUUACUCGACCAAUCAGGAACCACCACAGAUCAAGGUGUGAAGGAUUUGGAGACCAAGUUGGGCGUGGUCACUCUACUCUCCCAACACCUCCAGAUGGUGCUUUGGUUCAGUCAUAGUGGCCUACUACCAGAAUGUGGAGAUGACCUUGGAUCACCUCUUCAUGGCCAGUUCUGCUACCCAUCCUCCCUCCUGCAUCAGACAUAUGCCCAGCGAAGAGCAGAGCUUUCCAGAAUGUGCAGGAAUAGCGGAAACAGUGACAUCAUGCUGAUUGAUGGUCUGGUGUCCGAGGCGGGGCCAGCUCUCACCUCUCUUUGGGAUCGGAAGGAUCAAGGGGGUACAGGAGCGUACCCCCCUCCAAGUCUUCAUGCACUUCUUGACAUGUUCCUUUUGGAGAAUGUUCCCUUGGCAACCAAGCAUUGCAUUGUGGGAUAUCUUCUCCUCGAUAUCAUAUCAGUCAGCCAUGAUGCCAAACAUUCUGAGAUGGUUGAGGAUAUUGAGAAGUUCCAUCAAGUGUUCAGCCUCCCUCUGGGUCUGACAAAGCUGCUCCAAGCAUUCUGGCUUCUUGAUCACAGAGAUUAUGAGGAGGCUCUUGCCAUGCUGCUUGACCCCAACACAAACAAUGAUCUGUUGUCAUGGCAACACACUCGCAUUAUCAAGACCUUCCUGUACCACGGCCAGGCUAAGAUGGCGCUGCAUUACGUGCGGUGUGUUCGGCCCGCCCUUGACACCCCAGACGAUAUCAAACUCCAUCUUACGGUGCUCCUGGCAAACGGGUUAACCGCUGAAGCGUUUCAGUUCCAACGAGAGUACCGAGACCCGUCAACCAUGGAUGAACUUCUGUAUCACAUCUUCCUCGGCUCCCAACAAACCAAGACAAUGGACCAGCUACUCCGCCUCCCCUUUGAUGACAUCGAAGAGUCUGUCCUUGAGCGCUAUCUCCUGGAGACGACAGAACCCAACUCCAAGGAGCUUCUCGUGAUGCACUACCUCCAAAGGACCAGGUUUGUGGAUGCGGUCCGACUGAAUGAAACCCUCAAACAACAAGCUCUUAUGGGUGAUAAUGACCCCUUAGCCAGGGAGAGGACCUCGGCAAGAAACAUCAUCACAGAGAGCUAUGUCAAUGUGCUACCGAGGGUUCAGAGACGACUAGCCUUUGACUCCGACUCCAGACAGAAGAAACCAGUCGGAAUAAGGAGAGAAGUUCCGCGUCCCAAGCCCCUGUCGACCAUCAUCAACCCUGCCAAGACUUCCAAGGUCAUUUCUCAUGCCCUGCUUCUCAAUGCAGUCCUUGAUAGGAUCGCAGAGGCUAGGGAUGUCAUGAAAGCUGAUCAAACACCUACUAAACUACAGGAUGAGUCUUAUGACAGCUCACCGUGUAUUGAACCCUUCGUUGGUACACCGAUGACCCCUCGCAACAGAACAGCUAGGAGUGCUGACGUGAGCGUUGUCUAUCCCGAAACCCUUGAAGCAGAGGACUCUGCCACGUAUCAUCCAUUUUCAACCAGUCUUAAUGCGAGCAUUAACCAAUCGUUGAGGGGACUUGGAGGCAUGGAGACACCAAAGGUUCUCAAGGAGUCCUUCAAAAGACCUCCUUUAGAUUAUUCAGGAGCAGAAGCCUUGGCACUCCUACAGACACCUCCAGUGAAAAGGAGAACACCAGCAGUCCAUCAAGAGCCCCAGGUCGCCCCACCCACACCCCAGUCUAUUCUCAAAGUCAGAAAGGUCAUCAGAAGGUCACCUAGUCCUCCAAAAGUCGUCACAGAAAGAGCGAGGGGAUUCGCAGCUGUAGACAUUACGCUACCCACGCCACCUCAAUUCCAUCGCAAAACGCUUUCAUUUGCGGAGGAGGAUUCUGAGAAGACCAAAGAAGCGACGCCGGCCAGGCACAUCCGCUUUUCAGACGACACAAUCUUGCAGGACUCGCCAUCUCCUGACAUCAAUGAAUUGGUGCCAGAACCCCCGUCAUUUAUCCCCGGGCGGAACACACCCUCACCGAAUGUUGAGCAGCAGGCAUGGGCCACCCCGCCUCUCAGCCCCCAGAUCUCCCCUACCAAGGAGGCAGCCGAGACCCCACCCUUCCAGUCUCCCAUGGAAGGCAUACCACCAGAGCAAGCCCGGGACUCGUCCGUCAGCCCCACCCGUGGCUCACCGCCCAGUCCGACUCGAAUGGAAGAGCAGGUGGUGGAGGGGGCAGGGCAUCUUAUAUUAACCCCGAAGAUGAAGCCGCCGACACCUCAACACAGUCGUAUCAUUACCCCGAAAGAAAAGCCACCUAGUGUUAGACGUCCCUCUCCUCUCCGCCAGCCAUCAGAAGAGAACGAACAAGUACUGCAGUCCUUGUACCAAGAUGACGACUCCCAGACCCCGCCCAUUCCAGAAGGGAUGGUACUGAAUCUGGAUAAUGUCCUUCACCAUGGCGACCAGACUGGACAGGAGGAGGACGGGGAAGAGGAUGAAGAAAUCACUUUCAAUUUCAGUCUGAGGCAUCCGGGAACUCCCGCUUCGGCUGAGGCACCGCAGGAGAGGGAGGAGCCUGUUCCCAUGGCGAUGGAGGAUGUGGAAAUGGAUGCGGAUGAGCAGAUGGAUACUGAAGGACCUACCGCACAACGGGAACCUUCACCCGCGAAGCCUCCUGAAUUCAUCUUCCAGCCGUCACCGCGGAGACCCAUCCACUCCCUGGCCCCAUUCCAGUUCCAGGAGAGCACUACCCGAAGCCCCUCGUCAGUUCCCCUUCCAACACCCCCGAGGGAGUCGAGAGACUUUGACGUGGAGCAGGCCUUCUUGGACAAGGGUCCCCCUGUAUCGGAAGAUUGGCAGCUGACCUUUGAUGCGGAAGACACAGAAGAUGAGGAUGAGGUGGCCGUUGCAGAGGGAGAGCCGAAGGUGCGGUUCGGAGAGAAAGAAGUCUUCGAGAUUCCUGCAGUCCCUAAACACGUCCGGGAGAGCGUGCACAUCCAGACCUCGCCAAUGUCCGGAGCAACCUUUGACCUCUCCCAGCAGCCAAUCGGGAAAGCCGACGUCCAGGAGAUGUCUGUGCAGACCACUCCGGGUCUUGCGCUCAGGACUCGGGAAGUGGAGAAGACGCCCCCUAGAGUUCCGUUCAGUGAAACUCUGAAGGACAGAGAAGGGACGCAACGUCAGGAGGAUCAGGAAGUAACGGAGGGCCCUAGAGAUUCUGGCAAGCUGGAUUCUCCCAUGGAUGUUCAAGCAGAUAUACCGGUAAUAUCACCUCCUAAGCCUCCCAGUCUGACGAUACCAAGACAGGAAGACGUGAAGGAAUCCCCUAGAAGAUCUCCAGUUACCAGAUCCAUGACCACACCAUCAAGAUCCAGUCCAAGAACCCAAAUGAGACAGGAACAACAGAAAGAAGAGCCAACCACACCUGCCCAGCCCUCCUUCAUCUUCUCCCCACCGCUCACACGAUCAAGAGGGCGCCGUUCGGCCGUCAAGAUCAUCACCAAGGAAACGGCCCCACCCGUCCCUCCGUCCUUCAGCCAGACUGCCUCAGAGACUGUCCUGACCGUCCCCUCACCGCUACCUGGGGAGUCGAUGGUGAUGGCAUCCGGAGGUAGGGGGACCAGAAGCGGCAGGAGGGGGCGAGGAGGGAAUGCUUCCAUGACGCAGAUCAAAGACAAACCUGCUAUCACACCUGUUCGGGGCUCAAGACGUUCAUUGGCCGUCUCUCACAUCCCGUCCCCAUCGGAAGCAGACUCCGUCGUCCUGCUCUCCCCGGCCACCACCGAACAGGAGCCCGAUGCCCAGGAGAAGUCACUGAGGCGUAACCCUCGUCGGGCGGUGCGUGUGGCACCUCACUCCAUGACCUUAAGAACCCCUCAGGAGAAGAAGAAGGUCCGCAAGCUGAAGGCGUGGUAGCGCAGGUGGAUUUUUGUAGUUUUGGUACAGAAAUUCUUGGAGUUUUAUAUUUUUCUCCCUUCACCUAACCUUAAGAUUUUCUUUGGAAGUGGACAUAUAAAGUAUACACACUACCUGUAAAUCUGCCUAAGUCAAACCAAUUGAGAUCACAGAAAGUUGUUCUAACUUUUGAGAAAUUUGAAAUACAGAAGGUAAAAUAGACCUGCCAACUCGCAUCCAAAGCAUAUUGAUAAGAAAUAGGUAUAUAGCAUAUAUGUGAACAUUUCAUUUAAUGAUGAUGUUCUUGGAUGCUCACUAUGCUAAAUAAGUAUUGGAAGGAUAAUGGCACUAAAAGCCUUGGUCUACGUUCGUGAUAGGCCCAAAAAUAGAAAAGAUACAAGGUAUUUAAGGAAUCCCAGACAUAUAUCAUUUUUAUCAAAGAUGGAAGAGUAUCUAUUUCAGUCAUUCAUGAUAAAAUGAUGACAAGAAAAUGUGUUGUUCUGUGUUGUUAAGUCAGUCCAAUUGUUCUAAUUUGAUUUUAUAAGUUGUGAAAUAACCAUUAAUGUUUAUUAUAUUACUCCUUUGAAAGGAAGGAAGAAAGAUAUAUUUUUGAGAAUGUAUUGUCCCUGUGUCGACGCCAUCUGUGCUUUAUUAUGUAUUGUCUGUCGUAAUUAAUUUCUUGAUGACUUAUAAUUUGCCUGUUGUGUCGAUAAACUUAGUGAGUGCCUGCCUUUCAAGUUAGUUUGCUCAUAUAUAUUUAAAAUAGAGAUCUUAUGGCCUAUUUUAUAAAGUUUUGGGUGAGUUACCCAUGUCAUAACACAUUACAAGUGACCCUUUGAGGUUCUUCAAAUCAGAUUUCCCAUUAUCAUUAUCAUACUGUGCUUUUCCUAUCAGCAGUGUUGACAACCAUACAGUUUUUAACUGAGCUGUCCAGGUUUUGAAAUAUAUAUGUCGCUAAAAAAACUGAAUGCUCAGAUUUUGGAAUUUUGUGAGUAUGGAUUUGGUUGCAUAUAUAUGAGUGUGUCAUUGAAUAACAAAUUAAUUGAUGAGAGGGAAUUGUAGAAGGAAGCCCAUUGCAGUAAACAAUACAAGAUAGAAGUGAUCACUUUGAUUCGCUUCAAGUUCAGUUGAAAUCCAAUCUCUGUAGAUUAAAGUGUUUAUUUUGAAUAAUAUAAUAAAAAUAUGAUCAUAAUAUUCUGAAUGGAAAGUUCAAUUUCCCUUAAUUUUUAUCAGGUUUAUGGGAAAUACAUUCCCUUAAUGUUGAAAUAAGGAACAAUAAAUAUGGGGUAACUUUCUGAGGAAAAGAAAGGGGUCACUAGUCGUACGUAAAGCUUAAACUUACAAGCACCUUUAUCAAGUAGCCCUUGGAGUAACACCCAUUGGCCUGUAUUCUGAAGUCGGGUUCAACUUCGACCAUGGUCUAACUCUGUGCCAAGAUUAUUGGGAGUCAAAAACUCAAAAAUUCUGCUUAUAUUGUAUAUUUCUUAAAUUUGCAAUUAUUUUCCCUUUGCUUUCAUAAUGAAAAAAAUAUUUCAGUAAUCAUUCUGAGACAGUUACAGUAUAGGUGAUUUUAGUGUCAUAAGAGUUUAUGAAAUUGAACAUGUGCUAUUAGAGAUUUGUGGCCCAAUCGACUCCCCAUAGUUAUAUUUAAACUUUAAUUCAAACCAGAGUUCAGAAUAGGGGCCAUUGUAAACUACUAUUUUUACAGUAAUUUGCUUUGUAAAACCGGCAAACAUUUUACUUUUAACUUGUCCUGUUUUGUGUCUGUGCUUUCUUCGUGUCUUAAUAUAUGAUUUUGAAAACUCAAGUUUAAAUUGACAAUGUGAUCUGUACAGAAUGGAAGAUGAACAAAAUACUUUUUGAAAUUUACAUGUAUUAAUAAAAUUGUUGUAUAUGAAA